AGCCGUGUGGCCGACAGGUGAGCUUUACCAGGAAGGUGAGUGUUUAGUUAAAGUAAAACUCGCCUUUGCCCCGCGGCGGCUGACAGCAGGCUCCGGGGGCCAUUAUGCACCAGGCAGUCGGCUCGCCAGGAUGUCCGUGAGCUACCUGUUGGAAAGGGACGGCGGCGCGAUGUACAGCAACCCCACGCGGCACGUCAACCUCGGCUACGGCCACCAGAACGUGUACCCGUCGCCGCCGUACUCGGACUAUGCCGGCUACCAUCACGUCUCAGCCGUGGGGAACGAGCACCAUCACGGAGCCCAGAGCGGCGGCGCGUGGAAUCCCGUUUACGCGCCUGCGCACGAAGAGUGGCCGCUGUACGCGCACGGCGCCACGCACGCGCCCUUCCCGAGCCUCGGGCCAGUGAACGCGGGGAACGUCAGCGGCCUAGUGGCGCCGCAGGAGCAGCGCAGCGCGUCGACUGUCCCCGGCCCUCCUCAGCUGUCCCCCGUGUCUGAGAGGGACCAGGCCGAGUGGGCGAGACGCACAGGACCCCCCGCGAGCACAGGAGGGAAGACGAGGACAAAGGACAAGUACAGGGUGGUGUACAGCGACCACCAGCGCCUGGAGCUCGAGAAGGAAUUCCACUUCAGCCGCUACAUCACCAUCAGGCGGAAAGCUGAGCUCGCCGUGGCUCUCAGCCUCUCCGAACGCCAGGUAAAGAUCUGGUUUCAGAACAGACGUGCCAAAGAGAGGAAGAUGAACAGGAAGAAGAUCCAGCAGUCGCAGCAGGCCUCCACCACUACAGCCACUCCACCAGACGUCGAUAUCCACGCGAACGCUGCUAUAGUCGCAAGCACCAGCGGCAGCAUGUUGACAGACACGUUAUCUACGGCUAUUAAAGAAGAAUACUAAAAACUGCUGAUAGCAGAGGUGGAACAUGCAAUGUGGACGUUAAACCAAAGAAACCAAACGUUUACACUACACUCUCAGUGAUAUCAAUAAAAACACAUGGGAAAAUUUUCUACACAAGAAAUAGCAAAUGAAGCACAGUAUUUUAAUUGCUUUUCAGUUAUAACAGAAAUUGCCAUCAUGAUUAAGGAGAAGCAUAAGCUUCCAGGAUAUGCAGCUGUUUUAAAGCUCUCACCAAUUAUUGAUUAUGUACCUUUUUAGAAAGUUUAGUCUAUAUGUGAAAUGUUGUAUGAACUGUAUGUGUGAAAUGUUUUGUACUGUGUGCCAAACCAAUGAGACUAUUAACUAUUUGGAACAAGUAAAUAAACUAUAAAUAUGAUACGUUAAUCUUUGUAUGCAGAAUAAAAAGUAAAUAUUGUAAAACAUAAGAAUUCUGUAAUUCUUAAAAAAAAAAAAAGUUGUAGGAGUGGACUUGUGUUUUAUGGCUGUAAGUUUUCUCAUUUGGUGAUGCUACAAGAGUAAAUAAAUACACGGUUGUCAUGUGAAAAAA